AUGAGUACUCAACUUACUCCACUUAGAAAUAAAAUUAUUUCAGAAGUUGUAAAAUGUUUUAAGAGUGGUAGAUUUAUUGAAGACAUUGAUAAAUUACCUGCAAUUCUUACUGGUGGAGACGAAUGGAAACCAACGUCUAAAUUUGUUCGUUCAAGAGAACAAGAAGAAAGUAUCUAUAGAGAAAAAGUUUUGUCUGUCCUUGGAUUUGUUGAUGGAGAGUAUGAUGAUACAACACCACUCCAUGUUUAUGCACAAAAGGCAUUAGAAAGAACUUCAUUAGAUGAACCAGUUUUUGGUAUUUCACAAAAAGGAUGUAAUAAAUGUCAUUUUAAUGGUUAUUUUGUUACACAAUCUUGUGAAGGAUGUACAUCUCGUCCAUGUUCUGUUAAUUGUCCAAAAAAGUGUAUUUCAUUUGGAGAAGAUGGACGAGCUUUAAUUAAUCAAAAUGAUUGUAUUAAAUGUGGAAGGUGUUUCAAAUUUUGUCCAUAUGGUGCAAUCAUCCAUAAAUCAAUUCCUUGUGUCAAAGCAUGUCCUUGUGGAGCAAUGUUAGAUUCUCCAGAAGGAGUUAAAACAAUUGAUUUCGAAAAAUGUAUUAAUUGUGGAGGUUGUAUGAGAGCUUGCCCAUUUGGAACAAUUCUUCCACGUAGUAAUCUUAUUGAUGUUUUAAAAAUACUUCCAACUAAGAAAGUUGUUGCUUGUCCAGCACCAUCUAUUGCAGCUCAUUUUGGUAAAUAUGAUUUAUCUUUAGUUUCAGGUGGAUUAAUUCAACUUGGAUUUACUUCUGUAGAAGAUGUUAGUUAUGGUGCUGAUUUAUGUGCAUUAAAUGAAGCAAAAGAAUUUGAAGAACGUAUUGUUAAAAAUAAAAAAGAUUUUAUGACAACUUCUUGUUGUCCUGCAUAUAUUAAUGCUAUUAAUAAACACAUGCCAGAAUUACAAGAAAAUGUUUCUCAUACUCCUACUCCAAUGCAUUUUGCUACUCAAACAGUCAAAGACAGAGAUCAAGAGACUAUUACAGUUUUUAUUGGUCCAUGUAAUGCUAAACGAUGGGAAACAUUAAAAGAUUCUACUACUGAUUAUUGUCUCACAUUUGAUGAAAUAUUUGGUCUAUUUGAAGGAAGUGGAAUAGAUUUAAGCAAAGUACAACCAUACACUUUUGUUGAUAAAGCACACAAAGAAGGUAAGAUCUUUGCUGUAAGUGGAGGAGUUGCAUCUGCUGUAGCAUCUUUACUUCCAAAAGAAAUACCAGAUGGAGUAAUUAAACCAGUAAUCAUUGAUGGAUUUUCACAAGAAAAUUUCAAAAGAUUAAAGAAUUUCAAAAAGAAUAUUACUGGUAAUCUUGUCGAAGUUAUGGUUUGUGAAGGAGGAUGUGCGUAUGGACCAGGAUGUCCUGGACUAAAUACACCAGCCACAUCUGCUAAAAUUAAAAUAGCUGUAGAUAAAAUGGAAGCUCAUCCAGAAGGAAGAUGGGUUGGUUUACUAAAUUCCCAAAUUAAGCCAAUUAAAGUAGAAAAUUAA